AUGUCGAGCUCCAACAAUCAGACGGCUUCUUCCAGUGACGACCCUCACCUGUACUUUUAUUCUCCCUCAACCCCUGCCGCGGUGGUCUUCUCAAUCCUCUACCUCCUCCUGACCUUGUGGCACUUUUCCCUCAACUUCAUCGUCGCUCGGCAUUGCUUGGUCAAACACAAAUACACGAUCCCUCUCUUCAUUGCGGCAUUGAUAUCCACAGCUGGCUGGGUGGUACGCAUCCUCUCCGUACGGAACGACACAUCCAUCCCUCUGUAUGCUGUGUCGUCGUCUUAUAUCGUCAUCAGCCCGAUCUUUGUCUGCGCAAGCCUGUAUCUCCUUCUCACACGCCUUAUCCGGGCAACACUCCCCAACGGCCCGGCUCAGUCAUUCUUCCGCAUAAGGCCUUCCUGGCUGGGAAGAGUAUUCAUCACGAGCGACGUAUUUAGCUUCUUGACGCAAUGCAGCGGUUCCGGGAUCGCAAGCUCAGGCAACUGGGAAGGAAAUAUGAAGGAUAUCGGGACCAAUGUACUACUUGUGGGGUUGGCGUUGCAACUCGCGACCUUUACAGUCUUUCUGGUUGUCAUGGCGCGAUUUGUGCGCAGGGUGAACAGGAGACAAGAUACAGGCUUCGAAACCGGCGUAAAGAAAGUCAUCGUCGGCGCAAGUAUUGCAAGUGGCUUUGUUCAGAUUCGAUCCAUUUACCGCGUCGUCGAAUUUGCCGUUGGAAUCGACGGAUACCUGUUCAACCACGAGUGGUGCCUGUACGUCCUCGAAGCGAUGCCAAUGUUUUUUGCCUUGGCCGUCCUUGCAUGGUAUCAUCCUAUUCGCUGGAUGCAAGAGAAGCGCAGGUCCGACUUUGGAAUGGAGAAUAUUCGGUAG